UAUUAGUCACACAACUCGAAGUCAAAGACUUAUUAGAUCUGAAACCAAUAAAGAAAAGGACCAUCAUUAUUGACCUCUUUUUCUUCCCCAGCUCCAACCACUUUAAAAUCUCAUUCAAUUUCCAUUCUCCCAAAGAAAAAAAAGAAGCUACUCCACAUGGGCUCGGCCAUGUUCUUGACCCUUGUUCUUCUCUCCAUAGCAUUCAAUCCACAACCUAUUUUUGUGAAUGGAGACAUGGGUUUGAUCCAAAAGACAUGCAAGAACACAAAACACUACGAUCUUUGUGUUUCAUCUCUGAAAUCCAACUCAACAAGCUCAAACACAGACACCAAAGGACUGGCACUCAUAAUGAUAGGUGUUGGGGUUGCUAAUGCCACAGCUACUUCAUCAUACUUGUCAUCUCAGUUGCUCAGUACUUCAAAUGACCUAAUCUUGAAGAAGGUGCUCAAAGAAUGUGCAGAUAAGUAUGGUUUUGCAGGUAAUUCUCUUCAAGAAUCUGUUCAAGAUUUGGAGCUGGAGAGCUAUGACUAUGCUUAUAUGCAUAUUAUGGGGGCUGCUGAUUAUCCAAAUGCUUGCCAUAAUUCUUUCAGAAGGUAUCCUGGGUUGGCUUAUCCUCCGAUGAUUGCACUUCGAGAACAAGGUUUGAAGCAUAUUUGUGAUGUUGUUAUGGGCAUUAUUGAUGCUCUUGCUUUGAAUUGAUUAUGUGUUUUAGUUGUUAAAUUAUUAUCUUGUUUCUAACUAUUAGUACUUUUACCAACGAGCAAUAGCUCAAAUGGUAUAAGCGCUGGCAGCAAACUGCUAGGUCGUGGGUUCGAUUCCUCCCACAAGCGCUCCCCCUCCCCAAUUAUCAAAAAAAAACUAUUAGUACUUUUAUUGUUAGCAAUAAUUGUAUGUCCAUUAUUAGAUUUUAGCCUUUUCUUUUUAGUAGGCCAUUUGCUUCGUAUUUUGAUAAUGAGAUUGUUGGAGAUUUGGUUCA